AUGCAGCGUUCACCUGUGGAACGUCUGUGCUUCAUCAUCCACUUUGUUAAAAUAUUUCAGGAUGACAACGGGAAGAAUCUGUCGGUGGAAGUUGCCAUCAUGCUGAAGCUUGCAGCUGAAGCAGAUGGAUCAGUGGAAACAUCAGCCCCAGUGUCUCUGUUGGAGUGGUUUGACUUUGGCAGAGAGCUGAUCCUGGUGAUGGAGAGACCUGUCCCCGCUGUGGACCUGGAUAAAUACAUAGAAGAAAAUGGAGGAUUUUUGCCAGAGGACAAGGCCAAGGUCAUUCUGAAGCAGCUGGUUGAUGCUGCGAAGCACCUGGAGGAUAAACACAUCUUUCACCGGGACAUCAAGAGUGAGAACAUUCUAAUUGAGACCGGCUCAGAUGUACCGCGUGUUCGUAUCAUCGACUUUGGACUCAGCUGCUUUUUUAAGGAGCGGUCGCAGUACCGCCUCUUCUAUGGUACAGAAAUUUACUCCCCUCCCGAGUGGUACGGGCGCAGUUGCUACAGGUGUGGACCCACCACGGUAUGGCAAAUGGGAGUGGUUCUGUACGAAGCGCUUCAUGCGGGGGACUUUGACACCACGAGCUUCCUCAAAAAGCGCCUGAAAUUCAAAAGACACCUGUCCAAAAACUGCCGGGAUUUCUUGGACGCGUGUUUAACCAAAGUCCCGGAGACGCGGCCGACGCUGGAGGACCUACAGCAUCACACUUGGCUGAGAUAA